UCCUCGAAGAUAGGAGUUUUACAAUUACAGGUAGGAGAACAAAAAUCGUUAUUCUAUCGCCGUCGUGAAGAUGCCGCCGGCCGGAGAACUCCGACACCAAUCACCGUCAAAAGAAAAACAAUCGACCGAUAAUCAAUCUGCUGAAGCAGCAGCUGCGGCAGCGAUUUCUGCGGCCGCGGCGGAUGCGGAGGCUGCCGGAUUAUGGACACAGAUCAAGGCGGAAGCUCGCCGUGACGCUGAGGCGGAGCCGGCGUUAGCUAGCUAUCUAUACUCGACGAUUCUCUCUCAUUCGUCUCUGGAGCGAUCUAUCUCGUUUCAUCUAGGAAACAAGCUAUGCUCCUCGACGCUUCUCUCCACACUUUUGUACGAUCUCUUCUUAAACACCUUCACCUCCGAUCCUUCUCUGCGCAACGCAACCGUCGCGGAUCUUCGCGCUGCUCGCGUUCGUGACCCUGCUUGCAUCUCCUUCUCUCAUUGCCUUCUCAAUUAUAAAGGCUUCCUUGCGAUUCAGGCGCAUCGUAUAUCGCACAAGCUAUGGACGCAAUCGCGGAAGCCAUUAGCCUUAGCUCUUCACUCAAGAAUCUCCGACGUAUUCGCCGUCGAUAUCCAUCCAGCAGCGAAGAUCGGAAAAGGGAUACUUCUCGACCAUGCAACCGGAGUUGUCGUCGGAGAAACAGCUGUGAUAGGGAACAACGUUUCAAUCCUCCACCACGUGACGCUCGGAGGAACCGGUAAAGCUUGUGGAGACAGACAUCCGAAGAUCGGUGACGGUUGCUUGAUCGGAGCUGGUGCGACCAUUCUCGGGAACGUGAAGAUCGGUGCAGGAGCUAAAGUCGGAGCUGGAUCUGUUGUCCUGAUUGACGUGCCACCGCGAGCUACGGCGGUUGGAAAUCCGGCGAGACUCGUAGGAGGAAAAGAGAAGCCAACGAUUCACGAUGAGGAAUGUCCCGGAGAAUCGAUGGAUCACACUUCCUUCAUCUCGGAAUGGUCAGAUUACAUUAUUUGAAGCUUUACGAUGAUCACAUUGUUUCUGUGUCUUGAAAGUGGAAACCUUUGUAGAGAUUACGAGGUGAGUGUUUUGAUGAAAAUGUCUGAAUGAGCUUUGUUGGAUUUAUAAACUGUAUUAGGAUGUGUAAUACAAUAUAUUAAGGGGCUUAAUUUGAUCUUAUUAUUCAAUCA